CACUAGAAAACAACAAAAUUGCAUAACAGAAUAGCUAAAAUUUAGGCCCAAAGCCACCUGCCAUUUGCUGAGGUCACUGAUGAGCUCAAAUAUUGCAGGUUAAACUUUGGGUUCAUGACAGCUGGCCAACGGGGAUCGUUUGCCAUAGCAACACCUUUCAACUCUCUUCUCUCUUCUCUCUUCUCUCUCACAAACAUGUCUUUUGCCACACUUCAAUUCCUCCCCACCACGACUGCAACGACCAACGUCACCCGUGCCGCCCUGGUCUCCUCUUCACUCGAUUAUUGCCAAAGCCGCCGCAAUAAUUUAUUCAUCUCUCUUCCGGGGAAUCAGUUACCAUUCCGGCGGCGCCUUCAAAUUCGGGCAGUCGACGCGGCCCAGCCGUACGAUUACGAAGCCCAGAUCUCGAACACCUUCUACAGCUCCAUGAAGCUGAAAAUUGCCGUUGUGGGGUUUGGGAACUUUGGUCAGUUUCUCGCCAAGGCCUUUGUCCGCCAAGGCCACAUUGUGAUGGCUUACUCGCGCACCAAUUACAUCAACAUCGCUCAAUCCAUCGGUGCCUCCUUCUACACUGACCCACACGACCUCUGCGAGCAGCACCCUGACGUAAUCCUCCUCUGCACCUCCAUAAUCUCCACCGAGGCUGUCCUCCGAUCUCUCCCUAUUCAACGCCUCAAGCGCAAUACCCUCUUUGUCGAUGUCUUAUCGGUAAAAGAAUUUCCCAAGAAUAUUUUUCUCCAGUUGCUUCCCCCUCAUUUCGAUAUCCUUUGUACUCACCCAAUGUUUGGGCCGGAAAGUGGGAAAGACAGCUGGAGGGGAUUACCUUUUGUGUUUGACAAGGUCCGGAUAGGAGAUGAGGACUGUAGAGUCUCGAGGGUAGAAAGGUUUCUUGAUAUCUUUGGCAAGGAAGGGUGUAGGAUGGUAGAAAUGAGCUGUGCUGAGCACGAUAAGCAUGCUGCUGGCACUCAGUUUAUCACACAUACUAUGGGGAGAGUGUUGGAGAAGCUGCAGUUGGAGACGACGCCUAUUAAUACAAAAGGGUAUGAGACAUUGUUGGAUUUGGUGGAGAAUACUGCCAGUGAUAGCUUUGAUUUGUACUAUGGGUUGUUUAUGUACAACAAGAAUGCAAUGGAGCAACUGGAGAGGCUUGACUUGGCAUUCGAGUCAUUGAAGAAGGAGUUGUUUGGGCAUUUGCAUGACAAGUUAAGGAAGCAGCUGUUUGGCAAGGUGGAGGAGGAAGCCGGAGAGAGGCCCAUGUUAUCCAAGUUGCCUAAGAAUGGUUAUGCAUUGCCACCGCCUUCGUCUGAUCCUUUGGAAACCCAAAACAGUUGAGGGAAUCACAAAUCUAUCUUGUAUGCUUGCCGUUUGGUCCAUAACUUGGUUGGGAUUGGCUUGAAUUGAAUUCGUUUUUUUAAAGAAACAAUGAAUAUGCGUUAUAGAUACAUGAAAACUGUAUGUUCUGUUGUAAUUGAGUGAUAGACUAUGCAUUCUUUAUCAGGUGUGCGGGGAUUGACAUGGUUAUCAAAGACUCAUAUUUGAGUCCAUAACAUGGUAGAUUUAGAUGAUGUAGUCAUGACACAAAGCAUUCAGUGUGUCUGAUAGUAUCAUAGUAAACAUUACUACACUGAGACCGUUUAUUGUUUGUUGUGUGCUUUAUUGUUAAUAAUAAAAAUACUAGCUCUAGAAAAAGAGAGAAUUACAGUUCAAGCAUAUGAUAAUUCAGCUACA